AUGCACAUUUCCCCUAUCAAUUCGGAUUUUGAGGUGCAACAGCCACUUCACAAAUCGAUGUGGAAGUGUUUAAAAUCUGUGAAGUUUGACCCAGUAUUUUUGGAUCUUUUUAAGGUGUCUUACAAGAGGGAGGCGAAGACUUUCUGCCCUGAGGAGAUCAACUCCAUGUUACUUAGCAAGAUGAAAGAACUUGCUGCUGCCUACCUAGGGAGAGACAGGAAAGAAGUAAUAGAUGCUGGAGAAGCUGUCGUGACAGUACCUGCCUCCUUCAAUAGUGCCCAGAGGCAGGCUACUAUUGAUUCUGGGAAAAUUGCUGGCUUUAGGAAGGUACACAUCAUCAACGAACCAACUGCUGCUGCCAUUGCUUGUUGUUUCAAAAAAGUCUCAAAAGAGCGAAAUUUCUUGAUUUUUGAUCUCGGCGGUGGAACACUUGAUAUCUCCAUUGUGACCUAUAAUAAUGGAAUUUAUUGUGUGAAAUAUACUGCGGGUCGGAGUGAUCUGGGCGGCGAAGACUUCGACAACAAUAUUAUGUGCCAUCUCGUCGAGAAGGUAUUCAAGAGAGAUAAAGAAGGCCUGAAGAAAGACAAGCAAGCCCUGCUUCGUCUUCGCGCAGCAUGCGUAAAUGCCAAGCAUGUUCUGUCUUCCUCCACUAAGGCUUCAAUCGUGAUUGGCGAUCUGUUUGAAAAAACUCCUAUAAACACCUCCAUCACACGCACGGAAUUCGAGCAAUGGAACAAUAAUCACCUCUCUUCCAUCCGGUUGCUACUGGAAAAGGUCAAGGAGCAUGCUGAAUCAGAAAAUAUCCACAUCAACGAAAUCGUACUUGUUGGAGGCUCGAUUCGAAUUCCAGCAGUGCAAGAUAUCUUGAAAGAAUGCUUCGAAGACAAAGUGUUAAACAUGACCUUGAAUCCAGAAGAAGCUGUCGCCUGUGGUGCUUCGAUUUAUGUGAGUUAAUAGC